AUGCUGCUAUCUUUUCUUUUUCGCUUCCUUUGUUUUUGCCUGCUUCCUCACAUAACAGAGUUUUUGCUUCACUUCAUCAGAUACAGCAGCACAUACUUGCUUAGUAACAACAAACGGAAAAUGGAGAGCUUUAGCAAUACCAACAAUACAGAGGAUCACUACAGAGCGCUAUCCUUACCUGCUCCACCUACUACAUCCAAAAGAACAUUCACCGAUAAGGGCAAUAGACCAUCAUUUACCCGCUUUCGAAAAUACGAAGAGACGAAACACGAACAGCAACUACGAAACAUAAUUACAGAAGUUGAUUGCACAGAGCUUCAGAACCGCUUGAAAAUCGCGAUGGAUAAAAUAAUUUUGUCCUGGUCUGAAAGACAUGAUGCUUUGAUAGACGCUUUGGACAGACUUGAACAAUCAAAACAAAGCCUACAAUAUCGGUUAAGUGCGCAAUCACACUCCUACGAGCGUUGCCUGAAGCAGUGUCAGUAUUUCAAAACUCGAUAUGAAGCUUUAUUAGCAAAUCAGCAACAGAGACACCAUUUUCAUCGAGCCAGUGAGAGUAGUCUUUUUAGCAAUAUUAGCAGUAGCACUUACAGUGGCAGUAUCAGCAGAAGGUCUUUACUCAUGUCGAGUAACGCCAGCUGUCUCUCUGGUAAGAGUGGAUAUUCGACAUCUUCUUCCUCUUCAUCUGGGCGCUCCUCCUGUGCCUCAUCGAUUAGAACAUCCACAAUUUCGUUUUCGGACGACUUUGUUGAACCUCUUGCUAGUAUCGUCGAUAGCUCAAGUAAUAUAAUCGACGAUAGCAGUGGUGAUCCAAAUCAAACAGAUGAUAUAGAUAUUUUUACAGUCCUAUCUGAGACAGAGGAUCUAAACCUUGCUCUAUCUCCUGAUUCUACAAAUUCACUCCUUUCUCCGGUCGCCCUCGCCACCUCAAAUAUAAUGAACAGCACUACCAACAUGAAUAACAAUGAAAGUCAGCAUGACGGAGGAAUAUUGCAUCGAGAACAUAGUAUGCUAAGUCAACAGCAACAAAAUCUACUCGGCGAUGACAAUUCACGUCAGAUUUUGAAAUUCGGUUGUACCGAUGGAUUCUGGAUCGCGAUAUCCAACGGAUAUGGUAAUAAGAAAGAAGUAGCCAAUAUGGUCUUAGAAUACCUUCGCCGCGGGGGAGAUCCAAAUGUAGCAAAAAACACAGAGUCCAUGAAAAACGUUAAAGAAGGAUAUAGUUUGAUCCAUGCGUUGAUUACGGUCAAGAAUACACCUGCUUUACGUGCAGUCAUUGAUGCAGGAGGCAAAGGGAGCAUUUACCCACUGACAUUAAAAAAGGAGGAUAAGAUUGCUCCUGUGGUGUUGGCGGCGAAAAUGGGCUACAUCAAUGGUGUCAAACUAUUGGUUGAACGCGCUGGUGCUAAUCUUAUGCUUGAUAGGGGUCCCUAUGGUGAAAACGCACUUCAUGCUGCGGUACAAAGUGGCUCAGAAGACAUGGCCAGGUGUGUUCUUAAACUCUGUAACAAUGAUAUAAUCGAAUGCAAAGACGAUAAUGGUAUAAUUGAUUUUAGAGCUCGUCGUUUCAAAGUCUUCUCUAGUAACCAAUUUCUCAAAAAAAUAGGCCUAACACCUCUACAUUACGCAUGUAUUACUGGCAAAUUGAAGAUUAUCACAGUCUUUGCUCGAGAUGCUCAGUGCAAUGUUGAUGCCAAAUGUAAUAAAAAUGAGACUCCACUGCAUUAUGCUAUACGUAACCAAAGAUUCAAAGUCGUAGCGAAACUGAUCGGUGAGUUGGGCGCAUAUCCCAAUCAUUAUGUUUUGAAGCAAGUACAGACGCCACUUGACCUCGCAAAACAAGCUGAUCUCAAAAAUAUUGCAGACUAUCUUCGAAACGCAGGUGCAAAGACUACAAAAGAGAUGGAAAAAGCCAACCGUAAAAACCAAUCGAUAAAACAGCUUAGCAACUCUUAUCAAGAAACGAAAGUCCUCACUGAUGAACACAGUAAUAGUAACACCCCAGUGUUGCCUCCCCAUCCGCUUGGUGUUAGACAUUUUUUGCAAACAAAAACCUCGCAAAUUUUAAGAAGCACAUUUUAG